AUGUCUUCUCGCCCCCAGAACAUCGGCAUCAAGGCCAUUGAAAUCUACUUCCCAAACCAGUGUGUCGCGCAAUCUGAGCUGGAGAAAUUCGAUGGCGUUAGCACGGGAAAAUACACAAUUGGUCUUGCCCAGACCCAAAUGAGCUUCUGCGACGAUAGAGAAGACAUCUACUCGUUCGCCCUGACUGUCACCUCGAAACUUCUCGCCAAAUACAAGAUUGAUACCAACUCAAUUGGACGUCUCGAAGUUGGCACAGAGACUAUUCUCGACAAGUCCAAGUCCGUCAAGUCUGUUCUUAUGCAAUUGUUCGGGGACAACACAAACAUCGAGGGCGUGGAUACGCUCAAUGCAUGCUACGGUGGUACCAAUGCCGUAUUCAACGCAGUCAACUGGGUUGAGUCCUCUAGCUGGGAUGGAAGAGAUGCCAUUGUUGUGACGGGCGACAUUGCUCUGUAUGCAAAGGGCGCUGCCCGUCCUACUGGCGGAGCUGGUGCAGUGGCCAUGCUGAUCGGACCUGAUGCGCCUAUUGUUGUCGAGCCCGGACUCCGAGGAAGCUACAUGCAACACGCCUAUGAUUUUUAUAAGCCCGAUCUUACCAGCGAAUACCCCGUCGUUGAUGGCCACUUCUCCAUCAACUGUUAUUCUGAGGCGAUCGAUGCCUGCUACAAGGCAUACAACAAGCGAGAGGUAACCCUUAAGUCUGCUGCCAACGGCCACGCAAAUGGUGCCGCCUCGUCUGACAAGACUCCUCUUGAUCGAUUUGACUACAUGGCUUUCCACUCACCUAAUUGCAAGCUAGUCACAAAGUCGUACGCACGUCUUCUGUACAAUGACUACCUCGCCAACCCCUCUGCUCCAGAAUUUGCCGAUGUCCCAACCGAGCUCCGAGAUAUUGACUACACCAAGUCGCUCACCGACAAGGUUGUCGAGAAGACCUUCUUAGGCUUGACCAAGAAGCGCUUCAACGAGCGUGUCCAGCCCAGCAUUAUGGCACCAACCAUGUGCGGAAAUAUGUACACAGCAAGCGUCUACAGUGGUCUCGUCAGCAUCCUGAGCAACGUCGACAGCGCAACAUUGCAAGGAAAGAGAAUCGGCGUCUUCAGCUACGGCAGUGGAUUGGCUGCCUCUUUAUUCUCAUUGAAGAUCGUUGGCUCGACAGAGGCGAUCGGCAAAACCCUCAACCUCAAGGACAGACUCGCAGCUCGACUAGUCGUUGCCCCAGAAGCUUACGAUGCGAUGUGUGAUCUCCGUAAGAAAGCCCAUCUCCAAAAGAGCUAUACACCAGCCGGUAGCUCAGAGACCAUCGCUUCAGGUGUUUACUACCUCGAGAACAUCGACGAGCUGUUCCGCCGUAAAUACCAGAUUAAGGCAUAG